CAGCUGUAUUCAAUGGUUUAUGCUAUGUGUCACACAAUUCAUCAUCAUUCUUCACUAUCUCUCUCUAAAAAUUCUAUCUUUACACAUACCCACAUACCAAUGUCAAACCUUUCCACCCAAACUCACACCAAUGCCUAACGCCGACUCUUCCUCCUUUCUCACAGACCAGCUCUGGAAACGCACCUCAAUCUUCGGCCUGCAUUUAUGGGUCGUUCUCGGAUUCUUCGUCGGCGCCGCCAUCGUCGUCUUCCUCCUCCUCCUCUCCCUCUACCUCUCCACCAAGAAAAGAAGCAGAAAGACUCCAUUUUUAACCACCCCCGCCGCCAAAAGCUCCGUCAUCCCAACUGUUUCAAGAGAAAUUCAAGAAAUCCGGGUCGACCCGGAUAAAGAGUUGCAUCCGGAGCCCGACCCGAAAGAGGCCCACAUUGAGAUUGUGAAGGGAAACGUGAUUGCUUACCCGGGUCUUCGUUCCGGGUCGGGUCAGGGGAGCGGCGAGGCGGCGGCGGCGGAGGUUUCCCAUCUGGGGUGGGGCCAGUGGUACACUCUGAGGGAGCUGGAGGAGUCUACUAAUGGAUUUUGUGAUGAGAAUGUUGUUGGUGAAGGAGGCUAUGGAAUUGUGUAUCAUGGUGUGCUCAAGGAUGAUACUAAGAUAGCUGUCAAGAAUCUGCUCAAUAAUAGGGGUCAAGCAGAGAGAGAGUUCAAGGUCGAAGUCGAAGCUAUAGGGCGUGUACGCCACAAGAAUUUGGUGAGGUUGCUUGGCUAUUGUGCUGAGGGAGCUCAUAGGAUGCUCGUGUACGAGUACGUUGAUAAUGGGAAUUUGGAGCAGUGGCUUCAUGGAGAUGUCGGGCCUAUAAGCCCCCUUACAUGGGAUAUUCGAAUCCAUAUUAUACUUGGAACUGCUAAGGGGUUGACAUAUCUGCACGAGGGCCUCGAGCCUAAGGUCGUUCAUCGUGAUAUCAAAUCGAGCAACAUUUUACUGGACAAACAAUGGAACGCUAAAGUGUCCGACUUUGGUCUAGCGAAGCUGAUAGGCUCGGAAAGGAGUUACAUCACGACUCGAGUUAUGGGCACAUUCGGCUACGUCGCCCCUGAAUAUGCAAGCACUGGCAUGCUGAACGAGAGGAGUGACGUGUACAGCUUUGGCAUUCUAAUAAUGGAAAUGAUCACGGGGAGGAAUCCGGUGGAUUAUAGUCGUCCCCCGGGAGAGGUGAACCUUGUUGACUGGCUCAAGACAAUGGUUUCCAGUCGGAACGCUGAGGGGGUUUUGGAUCCUAAGUUGCCCGAAAGGCCUUCUUCGAGAGCACUGAAGCGGGUCCUUUUGGUAGCUUUACGCUGUGUGGACCCGAACGCUCAAAAGAGGCCGAAGAUGGGGCAUGUGGUGCAUAUGCUCGAGGCCGAAGAUUUCCCUUUCCGAGAUGAUCGAAGGGGCGGAAGGGAGCACGUACGAUCACAUCAUCGUGGUGGGAGGGAGAUGGAGAAGCACGUGGGAGAAGCGGGCGAUAGCAGCGGAUACGAGAGCAGUAUCCAAACAGACAGGUUUUCAUUGAGAAACAAUGAAGAUUAGUACUGUAGUCAGUAGUCUUAUGUAAAUACCCUUCAUCAUGUUCCUUCUCCACGGCUUUGCGUUGUUGUUUACUAUAUUUAUUGUAAUAAAAUGGAUCCAGUUUUCUCA